AAAAUGUCAAGAGGUUCUUCUCUAAUUAAAAGGUUCUGGGUACCAUCAGCUGCUGGACCAACUUUAUAUCCUUCACCAUAGAAGCUAGCCCACUGUUUUUCCCUAGGCAUUUGCGUGUCUCAACUCUCCUCCUCCCCCUCCCCUCUCCUCCCUCUCUAUCUCUCUUUCUCUAUUCUUGGCUUGUAGGUAAGUAGCUUGUUGUUGGAGAAGACUUAAAGAGUGAAUUGGAAGCAAAAAGAAAUGGGGAGAGCUCCUUGUUGUGACAAAGCAAACGUGAAAAGAGGACCAUGGUCUCCUGAGGAAGAUGCCACUCUCAAAAGCUACCUUGAGACUCAUGGCACUGGUGGUAACUGGAUUGCUUUGCCUCAAAAAGCUGGCCUUAAGCGAUGCGGCAAGAGCUGCCGGUUACGAUGGCUUAAUUAUCUCAGACCAGACAUCAAACAUGGAGGCUUUACUGAAGAAGAAGACAACAUCAUAUGCACUCUCUAUAGUCAAAUGGGAAGCAGAUGGUCUCUCAUAGCUGCUCAACUGCCUGGAAGAACUGACAACGAUGUGAAAAAUUACUGGAACACCAAAUUGAAAAAGAAGAUUCUUGCGGGAAAAAUAAGCCUCACAAUCAAGAACAACCCUAUCAAUGCCCCCGUUAACGUUGCUAAUAUUCCUGCCAUUCCCUGCUCAACAUCUCCUAUUCUUUAUGUCCCUAAAGCUGAAACCGAAAGUUCUGUCACCUUCUCCGAUCAUUAUUCAUUAACUCAAAUUUCAGGAACAUUGCCUGCCUUAUCUGAUAUUGGUUAUGAACCUAUUAUCAAUAGCACUGCCCAGAACUUGAGUCCAAACCAAUUCCAAUUUUCUAGUUUCCCUGGGGUCAUUGACAUGUCUGAAUUUUCAAUGAACAGUACUCACAUUGUUUCUCCAUCUCAAGAAGGUUCGAGCAUUUCAGAUUCCUCUUCACUUGCUAUGGAUAACAAGGGUCUCUCAGUGCCUAGUACUAACGGUGGUCUUGAGGAUGUUGGGAUAUUUAUGGAUUCCGAACCUGGUUUUCCUAGUGAUUUUUUCAAUGGCCUUUUGCUUCAAGACAAAGCUAGUGAAGUGGCCACUAAUUGCUACCAAUAUUUUGCUGGUUUUGGCUAUGUUGAUAUUAAGCCGUAAGGACUGAAUCGAGGCGUCACUAACCAAUAUUGACAAAGUCCCAGAAACGGAAAGAGACAAGUAUAGCUAGUGGGUUUCUCUUUCACAUGUAAUUUGAACCCAGGUCUCUCAGAUUAUUUCAAGUAUAGCUAGCUAGUGGGUUUCUCUUUCACAUGUAAUUUGAACCCAGGUCUCUCAGAUUAUUUUCAUCACUUCCAAGUAACUGAUGAGGUCUAGAUAUUAGGUUUUAGGCAUGGAAAAGCAUUUGUUCUCUGAAUUGGGCUUUAUAAUUGUUUCUGUAGCACGAUAGGAACAUCAAUGUAAUGCCACAACAGUGUAAGUGAUCUAGUUUUUAUUGCUAUUUUUAACUCUCUUUCUCUACCAA